AUGGGCGACUCGAUCAUCAAUUUUGAUUUGGAUGUUUUUCCUGAAGUUGCAUGUGUGCCAGCAUGCCCCAACGAACUCCGUCCUUAUGUUGGUAAGAAAUUCCAUUCAUUAGAUGAGGGUAUUGUUUCGAUAGAGGGAUUGAAGGUGGGGAUUGAAAUGGAUGAGAUGCAUGCACAAGAGGGUUUUAUAACCAAACGUAGACGCACAUCCAAAAGGUGUGAAUGUAGGGCGCGAAUAUCACUUAAGUAUGUAUUUGAGGCUGGAUUUUUGGGGUUGGGUGAAGUACACAGGCGAUUCAUAUGGGACUGCACGAAAGCCAAUAUUGGACCCACCAUGACAUUCAAAUUCUUGAAUGAGUUCUUGGGCGGCUAUGACACUGUUGGAAUCACCGUGGCAGAACUUAGGAAUUAUGUCCAAGGUCUGAAAACUUAUGUUGAAGGUUCUGAUGCACAAAUGUUGUUAGAUGAAAUGGCGAGGAAAAAGAAGGCAUGUCCUGAUUUCACAUAUCACUAUCAGCUUGGGAGUUCAAAAGAGUUGAAAGCGCUUUUCUGGUGCGAUGCAAUAUCUAAGCGGAAUUAUCAACUGUAUGGUGAUGUUGUCUCCUUCGACUCCACAUACAAUACCAAUAGGUAUUGCAUGAUAUUUUCACCCUUCACGGGCAAGGACAACCAUGGAAAGCCAGUCACAUUUGGAGCUGCACUCUUAUCCAAUGAGACCAUAGAAUCUUAUUCUUGGCUCUUCAAGCAUUUUUUGGAAUCCAUGGGUCAAGCUCCUAAGAUGAUUGUUACUGACCAAGAUAGAGGUAUGAGAGCUGCUAUUCGUGAUGUUUUGGUGGAUACAAAGCAUAGAUGGUGCAUGUGGCACAUUAUGCUUAAACUUACCGACAAAAUUCCAAGGAGAUGUCUAGAAAAUGAAGAGUUGAAAAAAGAGAUCAGUGCUUGUGUGUGGUCUGAGGUACUAGAGCCGGAAGAGUUUGAAGAUUCAUGGAUGGGGAUAAUGGAGCGUUAUGAGCUUCUUCAUGUCGAGUGGUUUGUAACAAUGUUUGGCGAUAGAGAGAUGUGGGUCCCUGCCUAUUUUAGAGACUUUCCCAUGGGGUCUCUUAUUAGGACGACGUCUGUUUCCGAGUCUGAGAAUAGCUUUUAUAAAACAUUCACCAGACCUCGCUCCAAUCUAGUUGAGUUCAUCAUGAAUUUUGAUCAUGCCUUGGCUGCACAGAGAAAUUCUAGCUCGAAGUUAGAUUAUAUGGAUUCAACUAUUAUACCACCGUUCUCCAGUCAGUUGGUAUUAGAAAAACAUGCUGCAACAAAGUACACUGAUCACAUGUUCAAGAGAGUGCAACGUGAGAUAGUGGACGCAUUGCACCAUUGUAGCACUGAUGGUUUGUUGAAAGAUGAUGUGUUAGAGAUCUCCACAAUAAAGGACAAGUAUAGUAAAUCUUGGGUUGUUACCUACACGACCAGUGAGGAUUCGUAUUCCUGUUCUUGCAAAUUGUUUGGGAGAGAGGGAAUUCUUUGUAGUCAUAUAUUUUUGGUUUUCAAGAACAGGUUUUUGAAGGUUAUACCUGAUAAGUACUUCCAUGUGAGGUGGUUGAAGACUGCCUUAGCUGAUGCUAUUCGUGGACCAGCUCGAUGUUUGACAGAUCCUGAACUUUUAUCAGAUCCAAACCAACAGUCAAAGAAUAAAGUUGCUGACAUAUUUUUCAGUUACAUGAAAAAAUUUGAUGCUGAUAGUGCCAUCAUUGAUUUGUUUUCAGCUGGAAUUGAUGAGCUUGGGAAGAGUCUUAUGACAAGAAUCCAUGAACCAUCUUCAGGAGACAAGGAUAAGCCAGUUAAAGAUUUCUAUUUUGCUGAAAAGCCAGCUGUGGUUAGAGUACAACCACCAUCAGUUGUGUCCACCAAAGGUUCGAAAAGUGAUUCCAAAAGCCGUUUGGUGUCCGCGAAGGAAAAGGCUAUAAAGUUGAACAGCAAACCAUUGCGUCAGUGUAAAAAAUGUGGCGAAUUUGGUCACCAUGACUCUAGGAACUGUGGUCGACAAAAGGGAAAAUAA